AUGUAUCCUUUUUGUAGUUCUUUCUUGUUGCUGCCGAAAGAAAUAGAUUCAGCUUUUGUUGUUCUCAAGGAAGUUUUAAAACCUGUAGUUGAUAGAGAGAAAGAGAUUCCUUGGCCUCCUAUAGAUCCUGAGGCGGUCAUUCUCACGAAGAAAGGAAAAGAAGACGGGGGCAAGGAACUUGAGGCUAUGUCGCAGAAAGUUCUGCAAAUUUAUGCUUCCGCUGUCCUCUCUAAUCAGAGUUAUGCCAAAAAAGUUUCAAUAAAGAUUAUUGAGAUUCGAAAGGAAUGUGAGGAGUUAACAAAUCUCAUACCCCAACUGGAGGAGGACAUUCCCAAAUUGCAAAAAUUCUUUCUUGAUGAAGAGAAAGUCUUAGAGGAAAUUAAGGAGAACUCCAAAGAAACAGUUGAAACUGAGAUGUUCCGUGGUGAGCUAGCAAAG